ACAGGAAAAAGAAAGCUCUUGCCACUGGGAUUAUAUCCGAUUGGCUGAUCUGGGCACGUCACUGCUGGCUGAGGGCUGCGCUCAGUCCCUUGGAUCUCAUCGAAGAUGGCGGCACGGUAUCUGUCCGGUAUUACCAGGCGAGCCUUCAUGUGGACAGUCCCAGGGACACCACGUAGAGAAUUUUGGUCUCGAUUCAGAAAAGAGAAAGAGCCAGUGGUUGCUGAGACAGUAGAAGAGAAAAAGGAACCUAUUAAGUGUGCCCCCUUACGAAGCCAAGCAUACACACCACCUGAAGAUCUCCAGAGUCGUUUGGAAUCUUACGUUAAAGAAGUUUUUGGUUCAUCUCUUCCUAGUAAUUGGCAAGACAUCUCCCUGGAAGAUAGUCGUCUAAAGUUCAAUCUUUUGGCACAUUUAGCUGAUGACUUGGGUCAUGUAGUCCCUAACUCCAGACUCCACCAGAUGUGCAGGGUUAGAGAUGUUCUUGAUUUCUAUAAUGUCCCUAUUCAAGAUAGAUCUAAAUUUGAUGAACUCAUUGCCAGUAAUCUGCCUCCAAAUUUGAAAAUCACUUGGAGUUACUAAGCAAUUUGGAAGAGAAACACAUCAAAAUCAUUGUUUUUCCCUGAGCAAGGGGGCUGCUCAUUAGACCUUUUGAUACUUUACCAUGUGAAAUACUACCAGAACUGUUCUCUAAAACCACUUUUUCUGUAGAGGAAUGUAUCAUCUCUUUUUUCCUUAUAUUAUGAAUGGACAAAUAACGGACUUUCUAUUUUCAUAUUUGCUGAAACCAUUUUUUAAAUGAAAUUAGGUAAUUAUUAAUUUAUGAAAAGUUUUGAGAGGGCACUGUCAUUAACUUGGGUUUAAGACAGGAGGACAUUGCAAGUUCACACCCUUCAUAGGCAUAAAGUAGUUGCAAGAAAAUAUUUUCAUCCUGUUAGGAUUCAUAUUUAAGAUAGAGUUAUUAUGCAUUGCACAUAUACAAAUAAACUUUUAUUAGAGAGAUACCUAUAAAAGAAACAUAAAAGUAUGUUAUAUAUUACUGACAGUUCUAGAUUAAUUUCUUUUAGAAUUAAAGUAGAUUUGUUAAAGUGUAUUGUGUGUUGUAAAUUUUUUAAGUGAAAUUUGCUGGUGUUCUGCCUUGCCAUUUCUUUCCAGUAAGUAUAACUUUGAAAAAAUUAGAAUAUGUGCCAGCUAUUGAGUGCUGUGACUCUUCCUCAUAAGAGAUGUGCCAGAUUCUAUGUCUUAUUGCGUAUUCUCUUCAGAGGAGAUGAUGCUGAUUUUAAACCUUUUGUUCUAUAACUUUUAAAAAGUGGUGUUGAGUAUUGACUAGAGUGGCAAGUCUUUGUAUUUUAAUGGACUUAAUUUGUGGAAAUUACUUAAAUAGCAGGUUAUCAGAUGGUUCUGAAUGACAAAGUUGUUAAAUUCAGGAUUAUUGUUUUCAAGCUUUAGAUAGGGCUGGAGAGUAAUGAGACAAAGAAUGUCUUAUAUUGUUUUGACUGCUGACAAUUCCUAAAGAAAAGUGAUAGAAAGGUUUUUAACAAAAGAAAUUGCAUUCUCUUUCCCAGGGUGACUCCUUUGAAGAGGGCAAAAUUCAGUUGGGAAUAUAAAUUCUGGAAUCUUUGUUAAGAAAAUUAAUUGACGGUAUAGACAUUCUCUACAAAUAUCAUCCGCAGGCACUUCAUUCAGGAACUUCAGGUGUCAGAAUGCCUGGAGCUCUGGAGCUCAGACAUUAGAGUUGAUCCCUUGAUAUCCCUUUGGGAUUAGUUCUAGGACACCUACUUGGAUACCAAAGUCCACAGAUGCCCAAGCCCCUUGUAUGAAAUGAUGUAGUAUUUGCAUAUUAUGUAUGCACAUCCUUCCAUAUACUUUAAAUCAUCUUUAGAUUACUUAUAAUACUGAAUACAAUGUAAAUAGUAUUUACAAUUGUGAAUACAAUGCAAAUAGUAUGUAAAUAUGUAAAUUGUGAAAACAAUGUAGUUAUGUAAAUAUGUAAAUUUUAAAGUUAUGUAAAUAUUUAGCUAUGUAAAUAGCUAUAUAAAUAGUAUUUACAAUUGUGAAUACAAUGUAAAUAGCUAUGUAAAUAGUUGUUAUGCUGAUUAUUUAGGGAAUAAUCAGAAGGAAAAAAGUAUACAUAUUCAGUACAGAUGUAGUCAUCUUCCCCUCCCAUCUUCCCCCAACAUUUUUGAUCCACAAUUGGUUGAAUCCACAGAUGGGGAACACACAGAUACAGAAGACCUACUGUAUAUCCUUCUGCUUCUGCUGUGUAAAAGAUUCAGCAAGAAAUCAUUGGAAUUUUAUGUACAGGAUUUCAUUAUCUCAUUUUCUAUAGAAUUUUUCCUUCUGAUCCAGAGACACAGAAAAACAAAGGGCAAGAUGGAAAUAAGGGAUGAAGAGGUCUAUAUGGAAAAACAGUUACAACUGGAGAGGUAACUGCAAAAACCAAGCAGCUUCAUGUGAUUGUUAGGACAGAAGAAAUUUCUCCUUUGUAGCCUAAAGCAAUAUUCUGAAAAUGUAAUGUGCAUAUUAAUCAUUUGGGAUCUUUUAUUUAUUCAUUUUUUCAUGUGGGGGAUCUUUUAAAAAUGCAAAUUCUGAUUCAGUAAGUCUGGAGUAGGUCCUGAGCUUCUGCAUACUUCAAAAGCUGAUUAUAUUUUGAGAACAUGAAUCUAGGUGCUAGUAAUGAGGUGGGAGACAAGUACUGCCACCUGAAACAACAGCCCUGGUAAAUUUAGCCAACAAGGAGGGUAAACACAUCCCAACAGGAAAGGUAAGCUGCAUGUCCAUCAGUACCUCUAGAGGGCAUCACUGGUUUAUAGUUCAAUACAGUGACUAUGUCAGAAUAAUGGCCUUUAGUUUUCCUGAAAGAUUAAAUUAGGCUUGCUGACUUGUUUAAUGAGAUAAUCAAACAUAUAUUGUAAUUUUAAAGGGUUUACAUUUUUAAAAAUUUAAUGAUUGCUACAUUAAAAAGGUAUCAGUUAACUAAUUUUACUUAGUUGGAACUUCUGUAAGCUUAGUAGGUAUGCUACAUAAAGCCUGCUAAUAGAGAUUCAGACUCAAUGGAAUGGUUUUACAUAUGUAAUAUAUGUUUUAAACAGCAGAAAAUAGACUCCUCCCUC